GUCAGGAGAGGACGAGGACGGAGCCAAGCGGAGAGCAACAACACAAAAAUACAAACAUGGAAAUACAUCACAACAUGUGAAGAGAUCGAAUCUCCUGGAUAAAUAAAUACUGCACAGGCUGACACAGACAAAGGUGAAGACAGGAGCAACUACAACCAGUUUCAUGUUAUAUUUCAUUAUAUAAAAACACAAAGUUUGAUGAAGGGAACCACCCGCUGGACCGCUGUGAUCUCAACCCUCUGCAGAUUGUGACGCUGAAACGUCAGCGAGUGCCAUGAAAGGAAUAUUGAUGAGCGGCUGGUAAACAACCCCGAAGACACAAUGACCACAUCCUUCUCGAUGGCUUCUCUCACACCAACCCCCCCACCGUCUGCACCGCCCAACUCCUCUCAUGCUAGUUUAACUCCAUCCUUCUCCACAUCCAUGCCAUCCUUCCUGCCCACGACCACCUUUUCUCCUUCCUCCUCUUUCUCCACCUCCACGUCUCCAGAAACGUCAGCGUUUCUGAACCAGACUCAGUGUUCGGUGGACGAGUCUGCUCUCCGGGUGCCACUGGCCGUCAUUUAUUCCCUGUUUUUCAUUUUCGGGCUCGUCGGGAACGUCUUUGCUCUGUGGGUCUUCCUUUUCGUCCACAAGAACCGCAACUCCGUGCGGGUGUUCCUCAUCAACUGUGCCGUGGCGGACCUGGUGCUCCUGGCCUGCCUGCCCUUCAGAGUCUUCUACCACAUUAACGGGAACCGCUGGGUUCUGGGACACGUAGUCUGCAAGAUAGUGGGGAAUUUAUUCUACAUGAACAUGUACAUCAGCAUUGCGCUGCUGGGUCUCAUCAGCCUGGACAGAUACCUGAGGCUGAGGGGAAAGGGCCGGGCCAGGAGAGCCAUGAGGAUCAGGCUGUGGGGGCACAGUAAGCCGUGGAGCUGGGUGGCGUGCGGAGUCCUGUGGAGCGGGUCGCUGGUGGCGACGGUGCCCAUGAUCGCCACGGCGGAGGACAAGGAGAACAGCAACAAGUGCUUCCACUUCAAGCAGCGGCGGAACGCCACGGGGAAGGCCUACUUCAACGCCGCGCUGGUGCUGAUGUUCUGGAUCGUCUUCCUCAUGCUGGUGGUGUCCUACGCCAAGAUCGCGUCGCUGCUGAUGCAGGUGUCCCGGGACAAGCCCGACCUUCCCAAUGCGCAGAAAUUCAAAAGGACUGCAAAGAAGUCGUUUUUCGUCCUGUUCCUGUUCACCCUCUGCUUUGGGCCGUAUCACGCCUUCCGGCCCGUCUACAUCCUCUCGCAGCUCCGCGGCGUGUCGUGUGGCUACAUGCAGCUGGUUGAUCACACCAAUGAGGUCAUGCUGUUAUUCUCUGCAUUCAACAGCUGCUUGGAUCCGGUCAUGUACUUUCUGUUGUCUGGCUCUAUCCGCAAAACCGUCGUCCAAACCCUUGCACACAAUUUCGGCAGCCGGUUUCCUUUCCUUACCGACGCCACGUCCAACAGCUCCACGGUGGAGUCCAGGCGUCCGUCUAUGGCCAUGGUUUACCCUGACCACACCCCCUCCGUCACCCCCAGGACCAGCAUCUGCGUCAUCAACACGACUCUCCGUCGCACCGCGCAGCAGUGAUCAAAGUCUCAAUGCUGGGUUUUUUUUUACUAUUUAUGUAUUUUUGCUGCAGUACUUUUUCCAACAUAUAUGUUUAAAGUCAGUUGUUUCUCAGAAAGGUUUUACAUACUCAUAUCCUGAAAUCU